AUGGCUGAAUCAAUCAUUCAACAGUUGUCAUCAACAGAUGUACUCAACGACAUCAAACUACAGCCAGCUGAGAAGCAAGAUCAGGUAUUCCAUCAAUUUGUGAUGUGGAACUGUGACAUGUUGAGGUAUUUGGACCUCCAUGAUGCCAUCGAGAGUGGAGAUGUUGGAGUUAUGGAACAAUCACUACCUCACCUACUCUUUCGCUUCGCAGGAGGGGUAACUCAAAGUAUACAAUUGGAAUAUUCGAACUUCUUCAAUGUAUUCAUCAUGAAUGGCCCCCCCAAGUCAAAUCCUAGCAAAGGGAAGGACCUUGAGCGUCUGCAUGAUGCCCACACAAGCUCACAGGUUUACAUUGAAGUAGAGGGUUGUACAGCUAAAACCAAAGCAGAUAUCAUUCCAGAUGUUGUUACUAAUGGUGCACUCAACAUUGUCACCCUCAAAACAAUGUCGAACUGGUGGUACAACCGUGAUUACAAGCGAUCUAUGGAGGAGACUUGGUAG